CUCCUUAAUUUGUUCCAUUUUCUGACAGGAAAGAACAGGAGAUUGAUUCAAAAGAUGCUAUCAUACUGCAUCAGUUUUCGAGGCCCAACAACGGCGUUCCAAGUCUGUCACCUUUCUGUCUGAAAAUGGAAACGUACCUAAGGAUGGCUGACCUACCCUACCAGAACUAUUUUGAUGGAAAACUUUCCCCUCAAGGAAAAAUGCCUUGGAUUGAAUACAAUCACAAAAAAGUGUCUGGCACUGAGUUCAUUAUUGACUUUUUGGAAGAGAAACUUGGAGUGAAUUUAAAUAAAAAUCUUGGUCCACGAGAAAGAGCUGUUUCCAGAGCAGUGACAAAGAUGGUGGAGGAGCAUUUCUAUUGGACUCUAGCUUAUUGCCAGUGGGUGGAAAACCUUCACGAGACGCAAAAGAUGAUUUCAGUUUACGGCCCCCUCAGUGAUUUGCUGAAGUGGAUUCUCUGCCAUCUGACCAAAGGGAUCGUGAAGCGGGAGAUGUACGGUCACGGAAUUGGCCGCUUCUCUGAGGAGGAGAUGUACACACUGAUGGAGAAGGACAUGCGGACUCUAGCAAGUCUCCUGGGUGACAAAAAGUACAUUAUGGGACCAAACCUUUCCACUGUUGAUGCCACAGUUUUUGGUCAUCUGGCACAGGCAAUGUGGACGCUACCAGGGACUAGACCAGAGAGACUAAUCAAAGGUGAACUCAUUAACCUUGCUAUGUAUUGCGAAAGAAUAAGGAGGAAAUUCUGGCCAGAAUGGCACCACGAUGACGAUAACACUCUGUAUGAAUCUGAGGAAAGCAGCGACACAAGCAAGACUCACUCCCCCUUGCAGGACUUCAGUUUUUAUUCAAGGACAGAAACAUUUGAUGAGGAAGGGAACAGUAUUUCUCAUACUCCUGACACAGAUUACACUGGACACUCCCUUUUUGAUUCAGAUGUGGACAUGGAUGACUACAGAGAUCACGAACAGUGCAAAUGAUGCGUACAAGCAUCUCUUGUUUUGCAGACAAGCUGUUUCUUGGGAUCAGUUGGAUUUAUUUUCUGCUCCAGGUUGGGAGAAGGUUGGUACCACCUCCAAGAGACCAUUGUGCUUGACUUGGCUGUUACAUGCUACCUGGACUAUCUCAACCUUAUUUCAUUUUGUGUAAUUGUUCAGGUGGAACCAAGGUAAACAGUUAUUUAAAACACACUAUGGGCAGACUAGAGGUCCAGAUGACAACAGAAACUUUCAGUCUACGUUCUUGCUUCCAUUGAAAAACAGUUGAGUGGGAGAAACCUCCAGGAGGUGCAGCAUUUGUAAGCUGGUUUCUGUUGAUAUCUUUACAGGAAUGGGUCAAGGACAAAAAUGGAAGACUGGCACACCUUUCUCAUGUGGAAGAAAAUUAUUGAUGCUGAUUUGGUGCAGUUUCAGGAAAGUUUUGAUAGCUACCUGCAGUCUGGGUGAUCACGGAGUGUCUGCGGGAUUGAACUGCUCUUGAUUCUUUCAGAGACAGACAAGGAAGGCAGGAGGAAAAUGUGUUCCUACAAAAAGGAACAUUUUAGCAUUUCUUGUUCUUUGCAAAAGGUUGAAAUCACUGUUCUAGAAUAUUUUUAUUCAAAAGAAGAAUACCACGCUAAUCUGGAAAGUGUGUUGGCCGAAGCCUGGCUUCAGGCCUUUAAAUUUCUUCUGUGUUUUUGAAUUAUUAGAUGUUUGUUCUUCCUGCCACUGGCUGCUACUGAUGUAGAGAAAUGGGAUUCAUUACUGAAAGCCUG